AUGAAUCAUAGCCACAUAUCACCGAUACCAUACACCUGCAUAGAAUGUGGUGGAGAUUCAUUACGGUUUCCUACUCCUGAAGAACUCGAGAUACAUAUCGCCAGCGAUCACCUCAAUUACUGUCCAUACGAGUACGUUGUCGCUUUUGAUCUUUACAAAGAUUCUAAAGGGUGCGAACGUUGCCGAUUUGCAAAGUUCCCAACGGAAUUUGCACUUAUUUCACACUGCAAGAGCGACCAUGGGUUAAAGGAGUUCUUUGUGCGUUAUCGCUUUACUCCCGAAGGUGAGCGGAAAACCAUGGAACUCAAAUUGAAGAUGCGGGCAUCACUUCGUCUGCGUUCGGAUGACCAUCUGGGACUUGGUACAUCAAAUGGACAUGCAGGCCUUUUCCCAGUGGACAAGUAUGAAGAUCCAGACAGUUUCCCAUCAUCAGUCGAUCCGUCUGGAUCCUCAUGUGACCAUGCAUCCGGAAGUGUACAGCCAAGCUCAGGAUCAUCGGGUAGUACCGGCGGAGUCGUACCCCCAGCCACUUCACCUUCUAUUCCUGUAACUCCCACUUCUGUUGUUCCUCAUAUUCAACGCAAUGUACUGAGCUCAGCACAGCACAGUCUGGGAAACUAUGGAGGUUCUGCUGAUUCAACCCCUCAACUGCACAUCUCACAUGGACACCAUGGUUAUGGAGGUGGAUAUCCUUCUGCCACUGGAACAUCUUCAGCUCUGGAACUAUCGCCAAUGGACUUUGCUAGUGAUGCGAUGAGCUCAGGAAUGGAUUUUGCUGCUUUAAUAGGAGAGGGUGAAGAACUCGUUAGGAAAGUCAGUUAUGUUCCUAAGGACGCUGUAACUUGUCAGAUAUGCGGGUUGAAGGUGUCGAAUCAAAGAUCCAGCCUCGUUUACCAUGCAAAUACAAAACACAUCAAACUUAAUCUUUAUCAAUGUGCCGUAUGCCAAAAAACAUGGCAGACAAUUGCAAAAUCGGAUGUAUUAAAACAUGUCAAGGCAAUUCACAAUGGUGACGAGAGCAUGAUAAUUGACAACCGAAAGCGUCUCGGAUACCAACUGCGAAUGUUUACUGCUCGAUGUUUCCCACCAAAGCCGAGCAACAAGGCUAAGCCUCUUACAGCAGGGUGCUCUCCACCCCGUCACGGCGGUCCUUCUUCUGAACCUGAUUAUGGAAGCAUUCAUGCUGAGUCAGCGAGUCAAAUUCUGCAGUCAUUCAUUGGAGCCGGUGGCAACAACCCAGUGAACAUUCCGAAGGAGGAACCUGAUAUGGAUCAUGAUGAGGGCGAUCACGAAGAAGGCGGCGAUGGUUUAGAUGAAGUUGACAACGGAUAUGGCGAAUCAAGUGUUAUGCAAGCCGCUUUGGCUUGCAUGGUUGCUCAGCAACAACAACAACAACAACAGCAUCAACAACAACAACAAAUAGUUCACCCAGAUCAUCCCUGA